UCUUGGUACUACGACAGGCAUCUGGUUUUGGGGACGACAUUAGAGCAUUGUAUUUUUUUCUUCGUCAUCUAUAACAUUUUUACAAAAUGGUUUAAGAUGUCAAAAAUGGGUAUGUGUGUCGGAAUUGACUCGUCGUAAAGCGGGGAGCCCUCGGUGAAGUCUGCUGCUGUUUAUUUAGCAACCAGUUGGAGGCGUCGGUAUCACAUCCUGCUUCCCGUGUCAAACUGUAGCGUUCAAGCCUUGACAUUGCGAAGAUGGAGGCUGUUAGGGUCUAAACCCGGGCCACAACCUGGAGCACAAACUGCGCGUUUCCAAGACCUGUUAUGAAAACCUCAUUUGGUCCAGGUGUGGGAAUGAGGUGCGAGUAGAAGCGCAGCAGACGUCGGCACCAUGUACUCGGAGUGGCGCUCGCUGCAGCUGGUGGUGCAAAGCGACCAGGGCCAUCUCAGUGUUCUGCACUCUUAUCCCACCAAUGUGGGCACUGAGGUGGCCAACGCUGUGGUCAAGCCGCUCUGCACAGCCGUCAGCCCCGUAGCCACGGAGAACAUCCUCAAGACGGACAAAGAGGUGAAGUGGACCAUGGAGGUGCUGUGUUAUGGCCUCACCCUUCCCCUAGAGGGCGACACUGUCAAGCUUUGUGUGGACGUGUACACAGACUGGAUGAUGGCCCUUGUGUCACCCAGAGACUCGAUGCCUCAGCCUGUGGUCAAAGAGCCCAAUAUGUAUGUGCAGACCAUCCUGAAACAUCUCCACAAUGUCUUUGUACCAAGGCCUGAACAGCACAGCCUGAAUCAUAUUAGGCUUUGCCAGCAGGUCCUAACUGCCGUCCAAAAAUUGGCACGGGAAUCUCUUUGCAUGGUGAGGGAGACCUGGGAGGUGCUGCUGCUCUUCCUGCUUCGCAUCAACGACACCUUACUUGCUCCGCCUACAGUCGGAGUGGGCGUGGCAGAGAAACUAGCAGAGAAAUUAAUGGCCGUGCUGUUUGAGGUGUGGCUCCUGGCGUGCGCCCGCUGCUUUCCCACGCCGCCGUACUGGAAGACGGCGAGGGAGAUGCUGGCCAACUGGAGACAUCAUCCGCCGGUUGUAGAGCAGUGGAGCCGGGUAGCCUGUGCCCUGACAUCCAGACUUCUGCGCUUCACCCACGGACCUUCCUUUCCAACUUUUAAAGUUCCCGAUGAGGAUGCCAACUUAAUCCCUUUAGAGAUGGACAAUGACUGUGUGGCACAGGCAUGGUAUCGUUUUCUACACAUGCUCAGCAACCCAGUGGACCUGAGCAACCCAGCGAUAGUGAGCACUACUCCAAAGUUUCAAGAACAAUUUCUUAACUCCAGCAGCAUCCCACACGAGGUUGUACUGCAUCCCUGUCUCAAACAACUUCCCCAGAUUUUCUUCAGGGCCAUGAGGGGUGUUAGCUGCCUUGUGGAUGCCUUCCUCGGUGUCUCAGUUGAAAAGAGAGAUGUGCGGGAGAGGGUGUUCUCUUUUUGUCCAGUGCUGCUCUCCCAUGGCAUAUCCCGUCCUCGAGCUGACAGUGCCCCGCCCACCCCAGUCAACAGAAUGAGCAUGUCUCCGCCCCCUUCCAUUGCCAACACCACGCCCCCUCACAGCCGCAAGCAGCGGCACACGGUUGUCACCAAAACCACAAGCAAGAGUUCUACUGGCAGUGGGACGCAACCAACAAAAGCAUCCCAGCAGCAGCAGCAGCAGCAGCAGCAGCAGCAACAACAAACAUCUUCGUCUCCGACCCUUUUGUCCAGCCCUAACCAGAGCAGUUGGGAGUCACGGCCGCUUCCUGCUCCGGCGCGGCCAAAGGUCAACAGCAUCCUCAACCUGUUCGGCCAGUGGUUAUUUGACGCUGCAUUAGUCCACUGUAAGCUCCACAGCGGCCUUAGUCGAGACCCCAGCAUGACUGCAAUAGCGACACAAGUAGGCCUGGAGCUGAGAAGGAAAGGUUCCCAAAUGUCCACUGACUCAAUGGUGUCCAACCCCAUGUUUGAUGCAAAUGAGUUCCCAGAGAGUUACGAGGCUGGCCGUGCUGAGGCCUGUGGGACUCUGUGCCGUAUCUUCUGUAGCAAGAAAACUGGUGAAGAAAUUCUACCCGUUUACCUCUCCAGGUUCUACAUGGUGCUGAUUCAAGGUCUCCAGAUCUCUGAUUUCAUCUGUAGACCCGUCUUGGCCUCCAUCAUUCUUAACUCUUCCUCUCUCUUCUGUACUGACCUGAAGGGCAUCAAUGUGGUUGUACCUUACUUCAUAGCAGCUUUGGAGACUAUUGUACCAGACAGGGAGCUAUCCAAAUUCAAGAUUUAUGUGAAUCCCACUGAUCUGAGGAGAGCCUCCAUCAACAUUCUACUGGCCAUGCUGCCUUUGCCACAUCACUUUGGCAACAUCAAAUCAGAGGUUCUGUUGGAGGGCAGGUUUAACGAGGAGGAAGGAUUGCCUCAUGACCAGCCCGUGUCUUUUUUGUCCCUGAGGCUGCGUCUCGUCAAUAUUUUGAUCGGAGCCCUGCAGACGGAGACUGACCCCGCCAACACACAGCUCAUCUUGGGUGCAAUGCUAAAUAUCGUUCAAGACUCAGCACUGUUGGAGUCCAUAGGUGCACAGACUGAAACAGUUAGCGUAGAUGGCAGCCAUGUGACUGCGAGAACCCGGAGUCACAGCAGAAACAACAGUGGCAUUAGCUUCAGCAGUGGGGGAAGCACAGAGGCCACCAGCCCAGAUUCUGAGCGUCCUGCCCAAGCCCUGCUUCGAGACUAUGUUCUUCCAGAUACAGCGGCAGGCUUGUUGGUGCGUAGCAUCCAUCUGGUCACUCAGAGGCUCAAUUCCCAGUGGAGGCAAGACAUGAGCAUUUCACUAGCUGCCCUGGAACUUCUAGCUGGUCUUGCCAAGGUCAAGGUGGGGGUUGACUCUGCGGACCGAAAACGGGCCGUCAGCUCUAUAUGUGGGUACAUUGUGUACCAAUGUAGUCGUCCAGCUCCUCUUCAGUCCAGGGACCUUCACUCAAUGAUUGUAGCUGCCUUCCAGUUUCUUUGUGUGUGGCUCACUGAACAUCCUGACAUGCUGGAUGAAAAGGAUUGUUUGGUGGAAGUGCUGGAGAUAGUGGAGCUGGGAAUCUCUGGCAGCAAGUCCCGACAGGAACAGGAAGUGCGACACAAAGGGGAGAAGGAGCAUAACCCCGCUUCAAUGAGGGUGAAAGAUGCAGCCGAGGCCACUCUAUCAUGUAUCAUGCAGGUCUUGGGAGCUUUCCCCUCUCCUAGCGGGCCUGCUUCGACUUGCAGUCUGCUCAACGAAGACACCCUGAUUCGCUACGCCAGACUAAGCGCCACCGGGGCCAGUAACUUCCGCUACUUUGUGUUGGACAACUCUGUUAUUCUCGCCAUGCUGGAGCAACCUCUCGGCAAUGAGCAGAACCCCAGCCCGUCAGUGACAGUUCUAAUCAGAGGGACUGCUGGCAGACAUGCCUGGACCAUGCAGCUCUUUCACCAACCCAGGAGGGCUCGGGCCAAUCAGAGGCAGGUAUUUGUUCCCGAGGGCCGUCCAACACCAAACAACGAUGUGGGGAUCAAGUACAACGUCAAGCAGAGGCCGUUCCCUGAAGAGGUGGAUAAGAUCCCCCUUGUCAAAGCCGAUGUUAGUAUUCCUGACCUGGACGACAUUGUCAGCAAAGAGCUGGAAGUUCAACAUGACAAGCUUCGCAUUCUGAUGACCAAGCAGAUCGAUUAUGAGAACACGUUGGAGCGGCACAGUGAGGACAUCUGGAAGUCCAAGCCUUUCCCUGACCCACAGAUAGACUGCAAACCUCCUCCACCUUCACAAGAGUUCCAGACAGCUCGUCUUUUCCUCUCCCACUUUGGUUUUCUUUCUCUGGAGGCACUCAAGGAGCCCAACAACAGUCGUCUACCUCCUCAUCUGAUUGGCUUGGAGUCAUCCUCACCAGGAUUCUUUGAUGACAUCAACUACCUAGACCUGCUCCCCUGCCGUCCGUUUGACACCGUCUUUAUUUUCUACAUGAGGGCAGGACAGAAAAGCAGCCAUGAAAUCCUGAGGAAUGUGGAGUCAUCAGCCAGCGUUCAGCCCCACUUCUUGGAGUUCCUUCUGUCCUUAGGCUGGCCUGUGGACAUAGGAAGCCACCCAGGGUGGACGGGGCACCUCGAUACUAGCUGGUCCCUCAACUCAUGCUCUGACAAUGAUGUACAACAGACUGACGAAGCAGCGACGCCUGAGGACAUGGGAGGUUCAGUGUUCAAUGGGGAGAAGAAAGUUUUGUACUACGCCGAUGCGCUGACUGAAAUUGCCUUUGUUGUUCCGUCGCUAACUGAACAUUCUGCAGAGGAGUCAUCAGUCCACAGUGACUCCACACUGGAGGCUGACGCGAACAUAGACCUCAUGCCCAGUGUCCUCAAACAGCCCAACCUCACACUGGAGCUGUUCCCUAAUCACUCUGACAACCUGGAGUCUGCCAAAAAGCUGAGUCCAUUGGUGAAGACCAAGAGGUCUUCAAGCGGAAAAUCUUUCCCGCCACUGGGCCCAGAGACAAAGGUGUUUGUCGUCUGGGUGGAGCGCUUCGAUGAUAUCGAAAACUUCCCAUUGUCCGAUCUUCUCGGUGAAACCAGUACAGGUUUAGAAGCAAGCAUGAGCAACAGCACCUCCUGCAGAUCAGGGUUACUGGAGAAGGAUGUUCCUCUCAUCUUCAUCCACCCCCUAAAGACGGGCCUCUUUCGGAUCCGUCUGCACGGAGCUGUGGGCAAAUUUAGCAUGGUGAUCCCUCUGGUGGAUGGCAUGGUGGUCAGCCGCAGGGCAUUAGGCUUCCUGGUACGCCAAACCAUCAUCAACGUGUGCCGACGGAAACGCCUCGAAAGUGACUCGUACAACCCGCCGCAUGUAAGGCGGAAGCAGAGAAUCACAGAGAUUGUGCAGCGUUACCGCAACAAGCAACUGGAACCCGAAUUUUACACCUCCCUCUUCCACGAGGUUGGGGAGGGAAAGCCUCACCUCUAACACAACCCUUUCCCCGUCCUGUCUUAACACUGGCUCACAAGUGCACACAACACACACACACUUAUGCUAAACAUGCAUAUGUCAAUGACAACGCAGAAUCUUUAUAUUUAUACUGUUCAACUUUAUUUAUAUGAAUCCAUAUAUCAACACUGUCUGACUUUGACUCUGAGAGUAAAGUGUUUGAAAAAGGCUUCAUUUCGAGGUAGCAACAACUGAUGAUUUGAACGGCCGUGACUGUCCCCUCGCUCAGAGGGCGUUUACAUGUGACCUUUUGAUAACAGAACAAAAACUUGGGCGUUUUGGUGUUUGAGCCUGAAAAACCAACAUUAAUAUACCUCAAGUGAAGGUUUUUCAAAAUUACAGUUACUAUUUCAGAGUCAGUAAUGAAAACAGUGUGUGAAAGCAUAGGCCAUGCACUUCUGUUAGUGUGCAGUGUGGGAGGGCAUCCGCAACUAUGUGAUUCAUGCUAGCGUUAGGGAUCACAGAUAGUCACUGCACAAUCCUUUAACAAUAUUUUGCAAGCGGUCACGGCAGUAUCGAAAUACGGUGAUUUAGUUUGAUUCAACUGGAGGAAAACAAUGCCAGACGCAUCACUAUGUCGGUCACUGAAGGAUGGGGAACAUACAGUAAUGUGGAUGUUUAAUGCUGGUGUGUCCUUAUCGUGUUGUGAGUGCUAAUGAUACAAUAAAUUGUCAUAUCGGUAGCUACAACAAAAUCCGAGUUCGCAAAGAUUAGCCAAAAUAAUAGAAAUACCGUAAAAUGCAUCCCUUGCCAGUAAGUGAUAAUGUUGCAAGAACUGAUGGUUGGCAUAUACUAUACUGUAUGUGAUAUGUGAAUGGAGACUUUAGUAUGGAAGGAGACGCUGCUGGACACGAGCGAUGUAAAUGUUUGAGCCAAGUUAUUUACUCAAGUAUUAUUCCGCCAUUGUUUUAGUUGUGAUGUCCUUCAUUUAUACAGGCCGUUUACCCUUUCUGUUUCUAAUGCUACAGUGUUUACAAACAUCCACUGUUUUCCUCUACGACACAUUAAAAAAAAAAUAAAAAAUAAAAAAAAAAAAUAUAUAUAUAUAUAUAUAUUUUUUUUUUUUUACAUUUUCAGGCUCAAAGGCGAAAAAACCCCUCCAAAAAUAUUUUCAGCUAAAACGGUCUUGUGUAAACUGCCCUUUCGGUUUCUGCUUUUGCUUCCAAACGAAUCCUUUCUUCUCGCCCUGAAACACUGUCAGCUUUCCUGGGAUCGUAUAAAUGUCCUCUGCAGCUGCAACCAGGUGAUUUUCUUGUUGCUCAUAUGCACUUGUGUCCGAACACAUAUUCCCACAGACAGCUGGUGGAAUCUCUGCCGAGGUGCAAACAUGAAAUGUUACGAAUCUACUGACACGUCAUCUCUUCGACAUACCGACACCUGCUAAAGUCUUCCUCGUGCACACUGGUGGCCAUGGCAGUAGCUCACUAGCACGCGCAUGGGUUUUUAAAUAUCGCUAUUAAAGGGGGGGGGGGGGGGGGGGGUUCAUCUUUGUUCUUUUAUUGUACAGAGAUGUCGUUUUAUACCUGCCUAAGUUGUCCCGUUUCACAAGCCACUGCUGUGUGUGUGACUUCUGCGUGCGUGUAUGCUUGUCCAUCUAAAAACUGACCUCGAAUGACCCCCCCCAACACCCUGUCAGGGGCAUUUAAAGAAGACACUGUCGCUUUGAAAAACGAAAUCAUAUAAUCCCCUUUGAAAUGUGCCUGCUAUCAAUUGAGUUCAGUGCAAACAUUUGGAGUCCUAUUUUAUUUUUUUUUAAUGAUUAUUAUUAAGAAGCUUUUUGGAUCGUAGAAUUAGGAGAAAAAAGUCAAACUAUUCAACAAAUGGUGUAAGUUUGCACUCAUAAUUUACGAGCGCAAACAAUUGCAAUUUUAGAGAGUAAAGUCAAUACUAGAGAUUUUUAUUUUUAAUGUUUUUUUUCUUUUGCCAGUAAACUCCUGAUACUUGGAGAUAAGUCAAAAUUGUACGAUAAUUUUGUAAUCCAACGAAGGCGACCCUGUGCAAAGCGGUUGUCUCUUGAGGAGCUUUCACAACCUUCACAAGCAAUGCAAUCCUGUGUGUUUUUAACAACGGCACAAACGCGUGAUGUUACCCAAACAUGAUAUGACGGGUCUGCAGAAAGAGACGGCAAUGCCUCUCGAUGUUGUGCUCGUCAUUGUCUCGGAAUUUCGGAAUUCACUCGUAAUAUUCUGACCUUUUAACUUGGCACCCGAUAUGUAUUUCACUAAACAACUUUCUAAACUGAACCACAGCAGUUUUAAGUGUCAAGCUUCUUCAAACAUGUUUUGUAUUGACUCAAAGCAUCACUGCACUAUUUAUAUGCAUAUCGAACUUGCAAAUUUUGGGGCUGUAUCUGUCUCUUUUUUUUUGUUUUUUUACACAUUCAAAUCCUAGAGAAAUAGUAUUUAAAUUGACCCAUUUAUAUUGUUUUAAGAAAAAGACAAUUGUCAAGUUUUCCCACAACCACCACAAUUGUUUUUGUUUCGUCACUGUAAUUUUGGUUCAAGGCCCUUCGUCACUGUCUUGUAACAAUGUGAAUUUAUUUAUCUCACACGUGGAACAGGCCGAGUCUAUCUUGUUCUAUUUGGAAAGUCUUAAUGCACUGAGCACAUUGUGUUUUAUUUUCUUAUUCUCUUUUGGUUACCUGAACAUUUUUUUUUUUUUUUUUUUUACUUUUGUUGUGUGAGAGCCCUUUUGCAAAGAAACCCCAGCUGGAGGAAAUGGUUUAUCGUGUGAAAAUGUAAAUGAAGGGGCGCCAUGGACUUUUGAAUUGAUCACAUCUAAUUGUGUGUGACUCGCUUUUUUUUUUUUUUUUUUUUUUACUACGGUGCUUUGUGCACAUGCCUUUUUGUGGGAAGGAAGAAAAAAAAAAACAACCACCACCUUUCAAAUCGACUUGGAGCAAAGCCCACAUACAAUCAAGACGUCCCACCUUGUAUCCUGUUACUACUUAACUGUUUGAUCAUAUUUAAGGACUUUUAUGCCAUGUACAGACGUCAUGAAGGAUGAAUUGUAAAUAUAUUAUAGCAGAAGGCAUUCACAAGUUGUCUGUUGCAUUCCUCACUUCAGAUGGGGAGACAGGUUGUGUAUGUUUUUGUGUGUGGGAGGAGUGGCGAAUGUAACAUACAUCCAUUAAAGCUACUAUUGAUAUUUUCA